UUUUUACCAAUGAGAGUUCUUACAGAGCGAGCACAAGGUGUUGUUAUUCAGCCAGUUUUAAACUUGGGAUCUUCGUACUGAGCCCUAAUGAUUCCCUUUAUUUGUAAUCUUGUGCUCUCAAACCUCCUCCUGUCAAAAAGAUCGUGCUGUCUCAUCGGCGAUCGAUACUCUCCCAUGAAUUUCUCCACGCCCUUCUCCUUCUUUUUCCGAUGAAAUAUGCCGCUAAAUGAUUAGCGAUGGGAAGAUCCAUUGGCCCAUGCCGUGCCAUAAGUCCAUGCUCCAUGAUGGAGGAGCUGCCUCCAUCUCUCUCGGCUCACAUGCGUCAUGUCAAUGUGAGCAUGCGCCACCAAACAAAAACCUAAAGCCACCACCACCAAAGCCUUGAGACGAGGUGAGGUGAGAUGAGAUGGGAUCGAUCCAUCUUUAUAUAUAGCCUUAAAGCUCUCGGAACACUUCAUCUGCAAGUCACUGAGCACCACGGAAUCUAUCUAUCUAGGAGCAAGCACACAGCAUCCGGCAACAUGUGCUCCGGGUCCUGGAGCACCAAGAGAUGCCCAUCCCUUGUCGUCUUCAACCUCAAGCGGCAGCAGCAGAAGACGAAGCCCCAUGUCUCGGUUGCCAUCAGGAGGAGGAGGAGGAGGUUGAGGCUGAGGAGGUCGAGAGCCGGAGCAGAGGCCAUGGAGAUGGUGAACCUGAAGCUCUACCUGGAGAACCGGUGCAUCAUCGCCGAGAACGAGAGGCUCCGGGAGAAGGCCAGCGCGCUCCGCCGCGAGAACCUCGCCCUGCGCCAGAACCUGUCCAAGACGGCGGCCGAGGCCGAGCUGCCGGCGGCAGGAGCGGGAGCUGGAGCUGCGUGAGGCUGCUUCCUCUGGCUGCUUCCUCUGGCUGCUGAGCAUGCGCUCCCCGCGUUGGUGCUUGUCCUAGUUUGUGUAGAAUCCUAGAUGUCUAUCCGGGCGCCAUGCCUGUGCUCAUAAAUCACCAGGUUUUUGGAGCUCUCUUGGGUGCUCCGCGCCUCGAUGUUUGUACAUUACAAGUGCAGGGAUUAACUAGAUUCUGUUUGCAACUGGCUCUUUUGGAUGAACAGAGCAAGGGAAUAAAAGACAGCUUCCAUCAAGAGGGAAAAGUUCAAGUUAA